AUGACCAAGACGAUGAACAAAGUCUCACCGGACUAUAACCUACUACACGAUGUCAAAGAUGGGAAACUUAGUGAAACAACAUCCGAUGCUUUUUUGAUGGGAGGCGACAAAGACUUGCCACCUUUACUUCCUGACAGAUCGCCAUACUGCGUUGCUUUUGAUGGACCAAACGAUCCAAACCUUCCGCACAACUACUCAAUUUUCAAGAAAAUACUAAUCACAACCGCAGUGGGACUCUCUACAUUUACAUUGGGUUUGGGUUCGGCAAUGUUUGCAUCGGCAAUAGAGGACUUAAAGAGAAUAUACGAUAUCGGCACUUCUGUGGCUGCCCUAGGAACUUCAUUGUUCAUUAUCGGGUUUGCUGCUGGUCCGGUUAUAUUUGGCCCGUCGUCGGAAGUUUUUGGCAGGAAACCUGUGAUGGUUGUGUCGUCGUUUGCUUACGUUUGUUUCGAGUUUGGAACUGCUGCUGCUAAAGAUUUGCAAACAAUCAUGAUUUGUCGGUUUUUUGCUGGAUUUUUGGGGAGUGCGCCUGUGGUUGUACUGGCAGCGAUUAUGGUUGAUAUCACCAAAGCCAAGGCAAGAGGAAUCGGAAUGGCGUGUUUUGGAAGCCUCUUGUUUGGAUCGGUGAUGAUCGGUCCCAUACUUGCUGGGUUCAUUGUCAAGAACCAAAAUCUAGGCUGGAGGUGGGUUUCGUACAUCUCGGGUAUUUCUGGAAGUGUAGCGUUGGUUUUCAACGUAUUUACACUCGAUGAAACACACCACCCUGUUUUGCUUGCGAGAAAAGCGGAACUUCUUCGAAGACAAACAAGCAAUUGGGGAAUCUACGCAUUGCAUGAAGAAGUAUCCUUGGACAUGAAAAAUAUCGUCGUCAAUAGAAUUUUCAAACCUAUCAUAUUGCUUUUCACUGAGCCUAUUGUCUUUCUCAUCAGCCUAUACAAUUCAUUCAUCUAUGGCAUACUUUACUCCUUCUUGACUGUUAUUCCACUAAUAUUUGAAGGUAGGUAUGGCUGGUCGCGUGGCGUUGGAGAACUACCGUACUUGUCAAUGUUGCUCGGAGUGCUUUCGGGAACACUAAUCAAUAUUCUCUACGAGAUCCAAAACAACAACAAGUUAGAGCAAACGGGUACAAAACCGGCUCCUGAGAUGAGAUUGCCACCGGUAAAGAUUGGUGCAGUUACAUUUGUCAUUGGUAUCUUCUGGCUAGGGUGGACAGGCGAUUAUCCUCAACACGUACAUUGGAUUGUUCCAGUCAUUGGUGCAUUCUUUAUUGGCAAUGGUUUGAUGUUGAUCUUCUUGCCUACAAUGACAUACUUGAUAGAUUGCUAUCUUCCUGUGGCUGCAACUGCAUUGGCGGGUCUAACAUUCAUCAGAUCCGGAUUUGGUGCUGCCUUCCCUCUUUUUACACAGCAAAUGUUCUCGAACUUGACUAUAAAAUGGGCAUCCACCUUGUUGGGGUGUUUGGGAGUAUUGAUAAUUCCAGUGCCAUUCUUCUUUGGCAAGUAUGGAGCUUAUGUAAGGAGCAAGUCAAAGCAUGCAUUGCAUUAG